GCUGAAGGGAAGCCUCUGAGACCCCGCGGCUGCCACCAUGAGCUCAGGAAACCUCGGGGACCGCUCAGAGAGUAAAAGCUUUUUGGAAGAUGUCACUGAGUAUUUCCGGGAGAAAGUGAGCAGGGAAGAACUGGAACACCUGCUCACAGAAGACAAAGCCUGGGAGAGUUUUGUGGCUGAGGCUGAUUUGUCCAGGGAAGAGGCAGAUGCACUACGUGAACAUCUGAACAAGCUGAAAACAGACUUGGCAGUGGGGGACCAAGACACACUCCAACAGGACCAGGUGGACAGGAUGAGGUUUUUGGAGGCGUUUCCUCAGGUGAAAUGGGAACUGGAGGAGCAGAUAGGAAAGCUCCAGGCACUUGCAGACAACAUUGACAAGGCGCACAGGAAGUACAGCACUUAUUACAUGGUGGCCAACUCUACCGGUGCUGUGUCUGGCGUCCUGAGGAUCUUUGGCAUGACUCUGGCUCCCGUGACAGCAGGGUCCAGCCUGGCAGUCUCAGCCAUUGGGUUAGCACUGGGAGCAGCGGCUGCUGUGGCCAGUGUGUCCACCAGCAUCAUGGAACAUAGAAGCACGUCGGCCGCUGAAACCGAAGCCAGUCGCCUUAUGUCAACUGGUGUCAACAGAGAGGCAGGGUUGAUGGGGGCUCUAGGUAAGAACACACCCCAGAUAGUUUUCUCUGCAGCUCAAGUCUUCAGAUCCAUAAGAGGCAUUGGGAAGAAUGUCCGUGCCAUCAAGCUGGCGAGAGCCAACCCUGGCUUAGCAGCCUGUGCUGUGCGCUUCAUGACCACUGGGAAAGUCUCGGUCCAAAGUGCCAACCAGGUGAGGAAAGCUUUUGGAGGCACACCUUUGGCAAUGACCAGAAAGGCCCGCGUCAUGGGUACAGCCUUGGCAGGUGCCUUCCUUCUGGUGGAUGUGUUCUUCCUGGUGCAAGAUGCAAAGCGCUUGCUGGACGGGGCAGGGGCAGAGUCAGCUGAAAGGCUGAGGCUGCAGGCCCAUGAGCUGGAGAAGAAGGUGGAGGAGCUCACCUGCAUCUAUAAGCAUCUGUGCUAGGCCCUACUCACCACCCCAGAGCAGUACAGGGACCAGGGACACAUGUAGGGCCAAGGUGCGGAGGCACCUUGUUAGAGGGAAAAGGAGGGCGAGAUAAAAUUGAUGGAGCUGGGUGUUAGGAAUUUGGCAUCUCUGUAGCUGAGCACAGCAGGGGAGGGAGGGAUGCAGGUGGCAGAUGGGGAGAGGGAAGGAAGGAGCCUGGAGCCUGGACUGAGGGAGGAGAGGGGACUAGAGAGUGAGGGGAGGGGAGAAACCACUUGUUUUGGACUAAAGAAGACACUGGGGCAGAAUAAAGGGAGAGGUGGGGGAACUAGCAACGAGAGGCCGGGAAUACGAAAGGGUUGCAAAUGGGAGAAAGCUGAAGGGUUAGGAUUGUUGGGAUCCAGGAGAAGGAGCAGGGGCUCCUCUCUCACCUGUUCCCAGGAGUUGAUGUCCCAGCAAGAAGGGAGUCUCCCCCUGGGGGUGGUCUCUAGCCCUACUUUUCCAGUAUCAACUCACCUUUGAUCCCAGCAGGUAUAUCUUAAUUAUGCAGUGACUUCUUGAUGAUGGUGGUGGUGAUGGUGAAGGUGGGGAUGACAACUUGGUGGGCGGAACAUUUGGCAAGUGGCCAGGUGCUCUUUGGGAACAGGAUGCCCUGAGAAACUAAUGAAGUUCCCAUGAAAUUCCAAAUGCUGGUAUGAAACAGAGGUUGAUUUGAAAAAAUGAAAGAAGAAAGAAAGAAAGAAAGAAAGAAAGAAAGAAAGAAAGAAAGAAAGAAAGAAAGAAAGAAAGAGAUAGAAAGAAAGAAAGAAAGAAAGAAAGAAAGAAAGAAAGAAAGAAAGAAAGAAAAAGAAAGAAAGGAAGAAAGAAAGAAAGAAGAAAGAAAAAGAAAGAAAGAAAGAAAGAAAGGAAGAGAGAAAGAAAGAAAAAGAAAGAAAAAUGAAACCAGAUUGCAGCAACAGGGCAAGGGACUCUGUGGUGUGUCACAGGGUUCAAUCAGCCUGGGUCCAACAGACACAGCCUCUCUGAGCCUCAGUUUCUUCCUCAGUUGGGGGUGGGGCUGGACAAUAUAUUAUAUAUUCCAGGUCCGCCUGGCUCUCCCCACCUUGUGCUCUACAGACUUUGGUUCAAUAAACAUGAACUGAUGGACUGAGGCUUCCUUGUGCUGAUGGACGGGCUCACCUGGGCUCCGGAGGCCUGACUCCC